AUGUUUCUUUUGAUUAUUUUACAAAUCAUAAAACACUUAUAUGCUGUUCCUAUUUACGAUUGCUCAACUAAUGUGAAUAUUGAUCAUUAGAAUCCUCAAUUUAGACUUUGCUUAAUUAAUUACGGAGGUCCCGCAAAUCAAUCUGAUUAAAACACCAUGAAAUAAUAUUUCUAAGAUACGUAUUGCUUAAAUUCAGAAAAAUAUUCAUAUGACUAACAAUACUACUUAACAGGUAGUAGUUGUACUUCAAAUAGUGAGAUAAAAAUACAAUAUAACUCGACUAGAAAGAUAUAUUCCUACUUUUUACUUUAUUACCUUUAUACAUAAUAUCCUCCAAACGAUAAUUUAAAAUCUAUAUUCGAAAUAAAUAAUGUCAGUAAACUAAGCGCUAUGGGAUAUAUUGAUUAAUUUAACUAGUGCUAAGAUAAUUGUGACUCAUGUGAUUAUAAUUAAAUAUGCUAAUAAUGUUCUCUUGGGUUUUAUUAUUAGCAUGCAUCAAAUUAGUGUCUAAUUUGUGAUAAGAACUGUGCAAGUUGUAAUGGUCCUAGCUCAAGUAAUUGCUUAACGUGCAAUCCAGGAUUAUAUUUUGAUAAUACCUUAAAAUAAUGCAUCAUUUGUGAUCCAACCUGUAAAACUUGUGAUGGUUCAAGUUCUAAUAAUUGUUUAUCUUGCAAUAUUGGAAUUUAUUAUAACUAAUCUACAAAACAAUGUAUCUGUGAUCCAACCUGUAAAACUUGUGAUGGUCCAACAUCUAACAGUUGUUUAUCUUGCAAUAUUGGAAUUUAUUAUAACUAAUCCACAAAACAAUGUAUCUGUGAUCCAACCUGUAAAACUUGUGAUGGUCCAAGUUCUAAUAGUUGUUUAUCUUGCAAUAUUGGAAUUUAUUAUAACUAAUCCACAAAACAAUGUAUAUGCGAUCCAACCUGUAAAACUUGUGAUGGUCCUACUUCUAAUAGUUGUUUAUCUUGCAAUAUUGGACUUUAUUAUAACUAAUCCACAAAACAAUGUAUUUGUGAUCCAACCUGUAAAACUUGUGAUGGUCCAACUUCUAAUAGUUGUUUAUCUUGCAAUAUUGGACUUUAUUAUAACUAAUCCACAAAACAAUGUAUUUGUGAUCCAACCUGUAAAACUUGUGAUGGUCCAACUUCUAAUAGUUGCUUAUCUUGUAUGAUUGGACUUUAUUAUAACUAAUCCACAAAACAAUGUAUUUGUGAUCCAACCUGUAAAACUUGUGAUGGUCCAACAUCUAAUAGUUGUUUAUCUUGCAACAUUGGACUCUAUUAUAACUAAUCCACAAAACAAUGUAUCUGUGACCCAACCUGCAAAACUUGUGAUGGUCCAACAUCUAAUAGUUGUUUAUCUUGCAAUAUUGGAAUUUAUUAUAAUUAAUCCACAAAACAAUGUAUCUGUGAUCCAACCUGUAAAACUUGUGAUGGUCCAACAUCUAACAGUUGUUUAUCUUGCGAUAUUGGAAUUUAUUAUAACUAAUCCACAAAACAAUGUAUUUGUGAUCCAACCUGUAAAACAUGUGAUGGUCCAACUUCUAAUAGUUGUUUAUCUUGUAUUAUUGGACUUUAUUAUAACUAAUCCACAAAACAAUGUAUUUGUGAUCCAACCUGCAAAACUUGUGAUGGUCCUACAUCUAAUAGUUGUUUAUCUUGCAACAUUGGACUCUAUUAUAACUAAUCCACAAAACAAUGUAUUUGUGAUCCAACCUGUAAAACUUGUGAUGGUCCUACUUCUAAUAGUUGUUUAUCAUGCAAUAUUGGAAUUUAUUAUAAUUAAUCCACAAAACAAUGCCUUUGCGAUUAAACCUGUAAAACAUGUGAUGGUCCUACUUAAUAUAAUUGUUUAACAUGUAACUCUGGAUUAUAUUAUUAGUAAGCUUCAAAAUAGUGUGUAUAGUCUUGUAAUAACAACUAAUUUGCUAAUUUAUUACUCCAAUAAUGUGAAUUAUGUGAUAAUAGUUGUGCAAGUUGUUAUGGAAAGGACUCUAACAAUUGCUUAAGUUGUUACCCUAACAGCUUUCUCUACAACAAAAAUUGUAUUAACCCUUGUCCGAAUGGGUUUUAAAGUAAUUUUACUUCACUAACAUGUGAUUCAUGCUAAUAUUAUUGGAGCCUAUAAUGCAAUCCCUGCUACCCAAGCUGUUAACUAUGUGAUUAAUCAUAGAUUUUAAAUAAAUAAUGUAAGACUUGUUAUAAAGAAACAAGAAUAUUAGAUUCAAAUAAUCAUUGUAUCUGCUAAAAUAAAAAUGAUUAAAGGGAUAUAUUUUACUAAUGCAGCUAUAAAAAUAUUGCCGUAAUUGAUGCAAGGUUAAGUGCUUAUUCUCCAUCGCUUACUAUCGAUUUUGGAUCUCCUUUGGUGAGUAUCAUAUCAAAUACACCUUAGUCUUUGUGCUCACAGAUAUUUGAAUAAUCAACUUUAGACAUGCUUGGGUUAGAUUCUUAAUGCCAAAUAAGUGGAAAUUAAAUUUAGGUUAAUUUAAGCGACUCUUCAAAAAUAAUGGAAAAUAAUUCUAUUAUUUUUUUACCAAAUAAGCUGCAGUUUAUAGAUUACAGUACUGAUUUCAUUAAUGUGUUUUAUAGAAAUACUACUUUCUAAGAUCCCCCAGGAGUUCCUUAACUUUUAUUUAGCUAUAAUCACAUAGAAAACAGUUGUAAUUCUAUAAAUAUAACUCUUUAUAAUCUUUAAUAUGAUGCAGGAAGAAAAUUUAUGAGUCUAAAUUGGACUUUAAAUCAAAUAGUAGGCUCUAUAAGCAACGAACAGUAAGAGGCUAUAAAGUAGAUAUUAUAAAAAGCAAGCUAAAAUAAAAAUACUUCUUUAAUUAUAAAUUCUAAAUACAUACCUCCUAACAUUAAUAUUACAAUACAGUUUAGUUAUUUACUUAAGGUUAACUAAACUGGUUCUUAAACAUUCACCAUUAUUUAUCAAAAAUAAAAAUUUAUAAGAGCCAACUAUUAGCAAUCUAAGUAUCCACCAAUUUAUAGAUCUAUGAGUUUGAGCUUCUACUUUUAGUUUUAUGUUGAGAUCUGUGAGUUAGGCCAAAUAACUUAUUUUAAUGAGCCUGUAGAUUUACAACUAGUUUCUAGUCAGCUUUAAAAUCAAAGCCUAAGUCAAUAUAAUUAAUCAAGCUUUCAAUAUGAUAUUCUUCCUUACUCCUUAGCAUCUAACUAAACAUUUAAUAUGAGUCUGAUUUUGAAUUUGAGUUCAGAUAGUAAGAUUACUGCCAUCCAAAAUAUAUCAGUUAAUAUUUAAAUUACAGAUUUAUAUUUGCAAAUUAUAGGAGGCUCAAGUCUUGUUUUAGGCUAUCAAAAUAAGAUGGUCUUAAAUACAGAUUCGAGGGAUUAUGAGAUGUAUGAUCAAAAUUCCUCAUAAAAUAUCAACUUUAGUUGGAAGUGUUUUAGUCUAUCCUCUAUUGACCAUAUUUGCUAUGAUUAUUAGAAUAAAUAGAUUUAAUUGCCACAAGGAGCCAGUAAUAUUACUUUUCCUGCUAAAACAUUUUAGCCAUACACUGCAAUUUAGAUUACUGUAGUUGGAUAAAAAGAUAAUAGGCAAUCAAAUUUCACCACUACAUGUAUAUUCACAGAAUUAGAUAUUCCACCACUAAAUGUUUUAUAAACAGCAACAAGCACUAACAGAAAAAUUAAUUUGAAUGAUGAUCUUAAUUUUUAAAUAGUUUAUGGUGAAAACAUUUCAUCAGAUUAUUUGUCUUAUGCAGGAGCUAUUUUAUAUGAUAAUAAUCCAGUUGCAGCAAUCAAAUUUGAUUAUUUCCAAGUUAGAUUUAGAAUUUGGAACUAUUUUUAGAAUAUAGAUCCCUCAAAGCCAACACUUUAAAUAAGAUUUUCUGUGUAUAAUCCAUUAUUUGUUAUGCCAAGCUUGUCUACAAUUAGUAUUUAAAUUAAUAUUCCCCCUCAUAAUUGUGUUCUAAAUAUAAAUCCCUAAUAAGGUAUAGCCCUAGAAACCAUCUUCUAAAUUUAAUUCUUGAAUUGUAUAGAUGAAGAUCUUCCUCUAACUUACUAGUUCUUCUAUUACAAUAGUGCAGAUGAUGCCAAUCUAGAAUUAAUUUCUCCUUGGAAUAUAUUAAGAAGACAAAUAUAAGAUUAGACAAUAAACAGCUCAAUUUAAACAGUACUACCUAAAGGAAAUCUAGUUAUUAUGGCACAGGUUAUGGACUCUUACCUAGGAGUUUAUAAUACCUCUUCUAUAAUAUAAGUUUAAGCUUAGAAUAAAUCAGCUGACGAAUAUUAUAAACAGGUAAAUCAACUUACUUCAUUAGCUUUAUAGAGCUCAAAUAUUUAAAUAACUAACUAACUAGUAACUUUAAGUAUUAUAGCAGAAGACAUCAGUAAAAGCUAUUAACUUUCAAAUCAAUUGAAUGAUUUAAUAAGCCUAUUGAUAUAAAAUAUAUAGCAAUUGUCUUUAUAAAUACCUAAGUUCUCUCUUUUAUCUACUUUUGCUAACAAAGUAACUGCCUAGUUAUCAUAAGUACUCUUUAGCUCAUCAUACUAAAAUAAUGUUUCCACAUAGAAAAAUAAAAUAUUUGAUUAACUAUAAACAAUAAUACAGAAUACUAAUUCAAGCAUACAAAGUAGUAAUCUUAGUCAUUUACAAUAAAAUAAUGAUGUUCAAAUUUAAAAUAUGGUAGAUUCUUUUAAAAUCUUAAACUCAAGUGUUAGUUUAUAAAGUAAUAACUCAUAGAAUGAUUUUGAGUCCUACGAUAAAAUAUCAAUUUAGAUAGGAAAUCUGCUUAAUAAUGUUAGUUUACCAAACUAAGGAUAAAUUAUUCUAGAUGGCAGCUUGUCCACACUUUUAUCAGAUAAAGUAACAUAAAAAAACCUAUUUUAAUAUGUUCUAACUGUAAAUAAUGACAAUUCUGUGAAUUAGACUAGUGUAUUUAGUAUUUCAAGAAAUAAUUAUAAAUAAAAUAUUUAUGAAAAUACUUCAGAUUUUUAGGUGUAUACAUAGCAAUUCAAAAAUGUUAGUUAAAACUUCACUUACUCUAAGAAUGAAUUAAUAUCACCAUAGAUUUAUAAUUUUUCUUCUUCUUCUUAAACAGUUUUAAACCAGUCAAGUAUUGUUUACUAGUUUGAUAAUACAAAUUCUAGUAAGUUGUAUAAUAUGACAUGUAUAUAAUAAAAUAAUCUCUCAUGGAGCAAAUCAAAUUGUGAUAUCCAUAAAAUUACUUAAAAGAAUUACAUGUGCUUCUGUGAAUCCUAAAAACCAACAACUAUCAUUGAAGAUAUUGAUGAUUUACUCUUAAAAAAUAAAAAUCUGUAGACAGCAUUUGGAGAAUAAGGGUUAUUAAAUAUAGCAAGCUUUGAGAAUUUUUAUAUGUAUAUAGUAUUUUGGCUAUUGUUAAUGUUCACAUUGGUUGAAAUUUUUUUAUUUAUAAUUGGAAAAUUAUUAGAUAAAUAAACAGUAAAAAAAUAAUACUCAAAAGUUCAUAAUCAAGAAUAAUAAUAAAAUGAAUUAUAACAAAUUGUAUAAGAGUAGUAAUAAUAAUUGAAUGAAAUUAACUAAAACAUUUGUGAAAAUUCUUAAAUGAUAAAUAACGAUAUAUUCUAGAACUCUCCUUUUGCUUAUUAACUUAAAAGUCAUGAAAAUAUAUAAGCAGAAAUUUAGUAAAAUCAAUAGGUUUUAUAACCAUUUGAUCAAAAAAUAGGUAGUUAUUUUAAUAGAAAAAGAAAAAGAUAAAAAUUCCUCAACCUAUAAAUAUAGCAAACCCGAAAAAACUUGAAGCAAGUAGAGGAACAAAAUAUUUAAAUGAAGAAAGAGAAGGCUGAAUCUAAUUAAUUACAAGUAAUUAAAUAAUAAUCAAGUUCUAAAAGUGAUGAAAAAAUCAAAACUCAAACAUCUUCAUAAACCUAAAUAAAAGAAGUUUAAGAUGAAAAUGAAUCUUAAAAAAUCAUUGUUUAUUUGUCACUUCCUAAAGCGAAAAAGUACACACAUUAGUUAUUUCAAUAUUAUUCUAAGGUUAUAAUAUGCUCAUUUAGCAGGUAAUAAUAGCCAUUAUUAACAGCUCAUUAAUGA